CAAGUAGACCACCAGGGACAGACUGAUAAUGGAGACGUUGAUGCUUUUUCAUGCUUUGCUACUACUUUGUGGUCUCUCCACAGCUCAGCUUGAGCCAGACUCCAACAGUAAAAUAAUUUCACAUUUAAGGCAAAAUGGAUCACAGGUAGGAGACACAGAAAACCUCACAAAUAAUCAGCAAACCUGUAAACAAGACAUCAAUACUCUACUGAGAGAGAUGAGCGCAUCGUUGGCCGGACUGAAGGUUGACUUGGAGUACGUAAAGAAAGAUAAUGAAGCCAAGACAAAAGAACUGGACUUGAUAAAACAACAAUACCAAGAGCAAGUGACAAAAGUAAGAAGACUUGAGGAGCAGUACCAAGUUCAAGAAGAAGAACUGAUCACCAUUAAAGCCAUGGCAAAAAUCACUGAAAACCAUGUGUAUGCUCUGAAGAGGGAAGGAGAAGUGAAACGAGUGGCUUUCUCAGCAUCUUUAUUGGGCUCGGGUUCGAACACUUUUGGACCAUUUAACACAUUUACAAUUCUGGUGUUCAGAAAUGUUGUUACAAAUAUUGGAAAUGCCUACAACCGAAACUCAGGGUUUUUUGUUGCACCAGUGAGAGGAGCCUACCACUUUGAAUUCUACAUAUGUGGACCAGGAAGUCCUUCACAUUUUGUAUCUGCAGUGUUGGUGAGGAACGGACAGCAUAUCUUCAUUGCCACUGAAACCCAGCCUUCACAUUUAGCUGCUGCUGGUAAUGCUGCCACGUUACUCUUAGAGGUUGGUGAUGUUGUGUUUAUACGUCAGUUCGAAAAUUCAAGGAUUUUUGACAGUCAGAAUCGUCAUACCACCUUCAGUGGUCACCUGCUUUUCACCAUGUGAGCAGCAAACUAUGUUAUUUUCAACAAGCUCAGUAAUAUUGCAAAUUGUGAAUAGUGUUUUGUCUUGACAUUUAUUGUAAAGAAAAUUAUGUUGGUGAAUUCUUUUCUUCUGAGGUUUA